CACCUAUCAAUUCACGGGUUGGCGCCCAACGAUGCAUGUGUAGAGUUCCAUCCGGGCAUGCCAUACAGAAACCGUCCGUCCUCAAGAGCUUCCUCAAGUCAUGCUUCAGCUGGCGGCGCGGGAAGUUCCUCAUCCCCAAUCUUGGGCGGCGUCCAAUCCCAUCCGCCGAUCAGCCUCAGCUACGGAAACGGAAUGGGCCAUCACGGCUCUAUUUGAUACCUCCCACACCCCCCCUUCUCCGAGGCAGGACCUGAUCCUUUUCGUUCCUCCACCAUCCUUUGCACACUCACACUCACUCCGCCAUAUCCAACCUUCACUCGUAGCUCGCAAUACUGCUGCAAUCCUUCACCAUGCGCGCCGCCGCCGUCACCCUCCUAGCUACUUUCAGCUUCCUCGCAUCCGCGCAACUUCUGGAUCAAUUGCCCAAGUGCGCCCAGGAUUGCUACGGCCGCAACACCGGCAACUGCGGAGCCCUUGACAUCAAAUGCAUCUGCGGAAACAGCACUCUCAUCGAGGGUCUCUCGUGCUGCGUCGCCUCGACCUGCAACAGCCAAGAUCAAAACACAACCAUCAUGUUCGCCAAAAACCUCUGCGAAGCUAAUGGUGUCACCGUUCCCACCUCUGCCAGCUGCGCAGCCUCCAGCCCGACUUCUACGGGUGGCUCCGCUACUCAAUCGGGUCAAUCGUCUGGAACGCCCACCCAGCAAGCUACCUCUUCCCCUUCCUCCACGGGCGCUGCUGCAAUCCACACUGGAAUCGGCAUUGGUUUGGGUCUAGGAAUGGCCGGUCUCUUCGCCGCGUUGUAGGUCGAAUGAUGCCAUAUACCGUCUGACAUGAGGGUAUUCAUGAUGGGAAAGCCUGCUACAGUAGCGGAUGCACCUUGGGGAGGAUGCUGAGCAAGGGAACGGUGAUAAUAUAAUAAUACUCGGAAUACCAGCUUGAUCAUGCACCCAGAUCUCUGCUGGGGUAUGUUUGGUUUCUUACGC